AUGGCUUCACCUAAUGGUUUUUUUAACCACUUAACCUAUUUUCUGGCUGCUGGUGCUGUUAGUUUGGGAAUUGGCUUCUUUGCCUUGGCAUCAGCUUUGUGGUUCCUGAUUUGCAAACGAAGAGAAAUACUUCAAAAUUCCAAAUUCAAAGAAACUGAUGAGAGAGUGAAGCAAAGACCAUCAAAACCAAAGAUUAAAUCUCAAUCUCAGAGUGUUUUUAUUUCUCGAAAUUUUCAUACUGGAAGAUUCCAAUUACAGGAGGAACAAAGAAAAAAGGAAGCAGCACAUAUGAAAGCAAUUAAAGAUCACUCUAAAGAUGAAUUCCACCUUGCAUCAAAAAAUGUCAUCUGUGACCCCUCAGAGACUAGCUCAGCAACAAACGGCAGCAGCAUUACAUUGAGCUUAUCAACAUUACCAUCUGACUCUUAUUAUAGCCAAAGUAUAGAAGCAGCUGAUGAGUGGUUUUCUGAUGACUCUCUAGCAAAAAAGAAUUCUCCAAAGUCAAUUCUCGGGGAACCUCUAAUGGAAAAAGUAUUUUCAUACUUGUCAACCAUUUCAUUAGAUGAAUGUACUGAAAAUGUAAUGAAUAUGACACUUUAUGAUGAUCAAAAAAAUGACAGCGUUAAGGAAAUAUUUUCACGAAGAAACACAGAGGUUGAAAUACAAAACCUUCAAAAUAAUACUGAAUGAUUUUUUCUUUUGAAAUCUUGUAUACA